ACUUUUGAACAAAAUAUUUAUCUCGUUGAUGAAGAACUAUGUACAACUGCCGUUGGGACAAGAAAUUAGGUUGGAAACGAGGCAGUACAUACAACAGUAUUUGUGAUAUUCGUUUGCGAAAGAAAAGCUGUGCGUUCUGCACUUCGUUCGAAGCGGAACAUUUCUCUGAAAUUUACGUGAAAGUCCUUGUUUUUUUACCCCGGCGAAAGAUAUAAGGGGUUAUACAUUUUGUCGUCAAAAAAUACAUUUGCUCGGAGCUGUAACAAGGUAAAUGUUGAUAUGUGAAAGAAAAUGAUUUCUUAGUACUACCUUCAGUAUUGAACAACAAAGUUUGAAAAUUUUAUUAUCAUGCGUGUUGAGUCACCACCGAACAAAAUUGAGCCGAUAGAAGAAGACUUUCAGAAGGUGUUCGGUUCCAUCGAGGAUCAAGGUAAAAAGAAAACGAAGACGAUGAAUUCUCUCAUUUGGAUAGUAACGUUGCCCAGCCACGUCUUUCCCUUCCUUGUUUUCCGGAAUCGCUACGGCUUACGUUUACAUCGACAAAAUUGGAGAAAAUUUAUCAAAGAAGCAACAAACGUGAAAGAUUAAAAAGUAACCUGUUCUGUGCAUUAUCAGCAAUUGUAGCAAACAUUACUUUGAUAGUCAUUCAUUCGCUCAUGGGCUUUAAACAACACAAAAGCGUGAUAAUUCUCAACGGUGUUUUCCUUGGUAUUUUUGCGGGUUUGUUUUUGAUCUGUCUGCGACAGUGCUCCCCAGGUCAUAACGUAUCAAUCCUUGUAUGGGUUAUGGCUGCUGUAGAAACAUUACUACAGUUAGGCUUGGGAGAAUAUCCGCUUGUGCCGAGCGACCUGGUUGGAGUUGUAACAUUCUUAGCAUUUUUAGCUUUCAUACUGCUACCUGUACGCUUACGAUUCUGCAUAUUUUGGGUGACCAUCUUAGGCAUUGUGCAUUCAUUGAUUGUGGGUUUGUCCGCAGAUAAAUUACAAUCCUACUCCGUUAAUCAGAUCGCAGCGAAUAUUUUGUUGUUCCUUUGUGCGUCCUUAAUGGGUGUAAUUGAUUUCCUUCUGGCGGACAGACGACAACGUCAGGCAUUUAGUGAAACUUUAAAGUCCCUAAAAGUGAAAACAAAAUUGGAAUUCCAACAUAAAAAACAGAAACGGUUGUUGUUGUCAGUGCUUCCCAGUCAUGUUUCCAAGAAUAUCGAAGAUGACCUCCAGUCUGAUGGACGCAUAAUAAAAGACGGAAAUUUUAAUAAAAUUUACAUCGAGAGAGUGGAAUGUUGCAGCAUACUUUAUGCUGACAUCGUUGGUUUCACCGAGCUGUCGUCAACGUGUUCAGCAGAGGAAUUAAUUGUCACCUUAAAUAAACUUUUUGCCGUAUUUGACAAACUUGCUUCCAAGCACAAUUGUCAACGGAUCAAAAUUUUGGGUGACUGCUAUUACUGUAUCGCUGGAUUAGAUGCGAGUGAAAAGAAAAAAAGUUUUGAUGACCAUGCUGUUUCUGCUGUCAAUAUGGGUCUAGGCAUGGUCAACCAUAUUACUAAGGUGCGUCAGCAAACAGGAGUAAGCAGUUUGGACAUGCGCGUAGGCAUCCACACUGGAGCUGUGUUAGCGGGAGUACUGGGUCAGAAAAAGUGGCAAUUUGACGCAUGGUCUAAUGACGCAACCCUCGCAAACAAAAUGGAAUCUGGUGGAAUUCCUGGACGAGUUCACAUCUCCGAAAAAACGUACGAGAGAGUCCAAGGUCUUUAUGAAGUCGAAGAUGGGAAUGGACAUUUACGCAAUGAAUACAUUAAGGAGUCUGGAAUUAAAACCUAUCUUAUCGUCGGAAAAAUAAAGUCAAAAGCUAAGGAAAAGUGGGAAACUGUUCCAUUACUUGUAAUGCCAGAGUGUGAUAUAAAGAGAAGAACAUCUUCACCAAUCGUUAGCUUCAUUGGAUCUACAGCUCGGAAGGCACUUAAAACAAAGGAAGCAAAUGGUACAGUUGUAAAUAAUCAUCAAGCACCAAAACAAGUGGAAAUCUCACUGCCUGAAAAAACGGAAGACAGUCUUGAAAAGAGCGAGGUUAACGACAACAUGAGCGAAAAUGAAGAACAUUUAAUGCAUAGUCUUGCAUUAGUCCUGGAAGAGAGUGAACAAAGGACUUCAGACAAAGUUAAUCCGAUAACAUUGAAAUUUUUCGAUCCCAUCAACGAAGAAAAGUAUUCAUCUCAAACUAAAGGUGGCUGUGCCGUCUCAUUCGCUUCACUUUCUCUUGUUUUAUUUUUCUCGUUUCUUGUGGAAGUUUCUGUUAUUCCUGGGUCAAUCCAGCAAUACUCCAUGUUUCCAGUUAUAUUUUUCAUCUUUCUCUCUUUCAUUUGUGUUACGUUAGCUUACAGAUUUGAAAAGUACCUUCCCCAUGUGUUGGUGGAUAUGUCGAAUUAUCUUGAGAAAAAGAAGCUAGCGAGGACGAGUUUAGGCGUUAUUGCUGUUUUGCUAUUGAUUCUUUAUACAUCUGUUUUGAUGACGGGUUGUAACAAAAACAUGUUUCAUGUAAAAAACAAGAUCCCAAAGACAAAGCUUGUUUAUAUCCAAUGGAAAAAAGCAAUAAUCGUUUAUUUUAGUUAUAUUACGAUUCUUGUUCAACUUGGCACCUGCGUCAUCACUCAAUUAAGUUUCUUUUUCAAAUUUGGUUUGAUGUUAUUAACGACUGUCCUACACUGGAUUUUGACGAAUAUUGCUGUGGAUGGCAUUUAUGACAACUUUGAUGAACGUGUUUAUGGAAAUGAAUGCUCAGAUGAUUGUGUUGGCAGCAAAUACACUGGACCAAUUAUUCUCACAUUUAGUUUAAUAAUCUUGACCAUGCAUUGUCGACAAACGUCAAAAACUGCAAAGACAUUAUUUGUAUGGAAAUUAGAGGCCGAAGAAAGCAAGCAAAAAAUUAAUAACAUCAAACAAAGAAAUUUAAUGCUGAUUAAUAACAUAUUACCAAGUUAUGUUGCUACACAUUUUAUGCAAAACCAGGACAAAGAUGAAACAGAAUUAUACAGUCAUUCUUAUGAAAACGUCAGCGUAAUGUUUGCAUCGAUACCAAAUUUUGACGACUUUUACUCAGAAGACAGUAUCAACAACAGCGGUGUUGAAUGUAUGAGAUUUCUCAAUGAAGUCAUUUCGGAUUUCGACGCAGUAUUAGAUAAACCGGAAUUUGCUGAUGUUGAAAAGAUCAAGACGAUAUGUAGUACCUACAUGGCUGCAUCUGGUCUUGCCUCUGGACUUGUAAAGGAAAAACAGAACAAAGUUCACGAAACAUUAAAACCUCUUACUGACCUUGUGGACUUUGCAUUAACACUGAAAGACCGCUUAGGCGACAUAAACAGUGAGUCGUUCAAUGAGUUCGUUCUUCGAGUUGGUCUUCACUGGGGACCAGUGGUUGGUGGCGUUAUUGGUGCAAAGAAGCCUCAUUAUGACAUUUGGGGUAAUACUGUCAACGUCGCCAGUCGUAUGGAUAGUACUGGAAAGGGCGGUUGCAUACAGAUUGUAGAGAAGACUUACGAAAUACUCAAGGACAAAGGAUAUCUAUUUGUAUAUAGAGGACUCGUGAAAGUAAAAGGCAAAGGAACUUUGACAACGUAUUACCUGACAGGAAAAGAGAAAGAAAACGGUUCAGAAAAUCAACAAAAUUCGAACGAUACGGCGUUAUGAAGGCCAUAGUUAACUAAUCCAAAAAAAACAUGUCUUUACUGCUGGUCCAGAGACGUUAAAUUUCACUAUCAUAAUGUGCCAUUUAUUGUCAAAAAAUAGACAUUACAGACAAGCUGCUCAAGAAUGAGAAGCUUUAUUUAUGUUUCAUAGAGUUUUUGAAACUAAUUAAUAGUAAAACAAACGUAGGAUUAACUAAACCAAUGACUUUUCUGCUACUUUUUGAAAAACAUACCAGUAAAAAGUAUGUAAAUAGCACAUCUACUGUUGAGCAUUGUCAGUACAAAGAAACAAUCAUUUCAAA